AUGAAUCAUAUUACCUCUAAUAUUGGAAAAAGAAAGGAAUUUUAUGAAAAUUUCGAUGGAUUGAGUCAAUCUACUUUAACUUAAUCAUUUUUCCCUUUGAAAAUGGAUCAAUAAAUACCUAUAAAAUAAUAUAUCGGAAAAUUCUUUAAAUAUGAAAAUACUUAAUUUGAGUUAUUACAUACAUAUGGAUUAACAGAAUCACAAAAGAAUCGUUUCAAAAUAGCCACUAUAAAGGGUAGAGCAGCAUUAGUAAAUUCUCCAUAACUUUAAGUCGGGAUUAAAUAAGAAUUAUAAUAUGUUCCUUUGAAGGAGAAAAACUAUUUAAAACUAACCUUAUACAUUGGAAAUAAAACUCAAUCCAAUUUUGAUAGCUGUAAAAUACAAUUUGAAGGAGAUAAUAGAUGUAUUUAUUUUUAAUAUUUUUAAGAAUUUUCAAUGUGGUUAAAACCAGAUAAGAUGGUAGAUAAAAUUGACGCUGGGUAAUAAAUAUAAUAAGAAGUGAUAGGAAUUUUUAAAUAGUAUGAAAAUUAUAGAUUAAUAAAUGUAAUAUUUGCUGGUAAUUAAUUAUUUUUAAUUUAUGUUUAGCUGAAUGGGCAAACAAAUAAAUAUCAGCAAAUUUCUUUUUAACAACCACGUUAGUUUCCUUUAUGGAUUUCAAAGAUAUCAACCUAUAAAUUUUUAGAACAAAAUGGAGAUAAAAGAAAACAUAAAUUUUGAGAGGAGAAACAUUUAUACUCAAUCCAAAAAUAGUGAAAACAGGAAACUAUUUAAGAAAGUAUUAAUUUGAAAUAAAUUAGGAUAUUUCCAAAGUUAUGUGAGUUCAACUCUUAUUCAUUAUUUUAGGACCAAUAAUUGGAUUACUUUAAUGAUAAAUAAUUGCAAUAUAUUUCUUAUAAACUUUGUAAAAAUAAGCUUUAAACUAGGUGGUAUUUUUGAAUUGACUAAUGUGAAUUAAGAUUAUAUGAUUAAAUUUAUAGUUUUGCCAAACAUGUAAUGUACAAUACAAAUAAUUGGAAGCAAUGAACAUUUGUGUAAAUAAAUGUUGAGUACACUUCAUUGGAUAUUGGGCUUAGAAUGA